AUGAGUGUUAAGUGUUGUGACAAUCUGAAUAAAUUAUCAUUCGACAUCACCAUACCGGAAGAACAACCAAAAGACAGUCUACUCUACGAUUUAUCACAUGAAUUUAAUCAGCGCAAUAAAACUCUUAUCGAUUUCAAAUUUUUACGUCCUUGUCCAUAUUUUUAUUUGAAAACAACGACUGGUCAACUGUUAUUUAGCGAGAAAUAUGAUCGUGAAUAUUUGUGUGGUAUUAAACGUGUGUGUACAUGUUCAAAAUGUCAACUUAAAUGUGAUAUAUUAGCAAGAAGUAAAGGAGAUACAACAAUAAUUCAGUUAAAUGUAGAAUUGCAGGAUUUAAACGAUCAUAUGCCUCAGUUUCAAAAGAAUUAUUAUCUAAUACAAAUACCAGAAAGUGUACCUGUUGGCUACAGGAUACAAUUAGAACAAGCACAAGAUUUAGAUACAGGAUUUCAUUCUAUUCUUAAUUAUACUCUACAGAUAUUGAAUAAACAAGAGUUUGAACAAAGUUUUAAAAAUUUAGAUUCUCUUAUAUCUCGUCAAAAACGUUGGUCAUCCUCAUCAUCAUUUCCAUUCGAAUUGGAUUUUGAUCGUAUUCAUCAUCUGUUAACAUUAGUCGUUCGUGAAGAGUUAGAUUAUGAGAGUAACAUGAAAUCUUAUUUUGGUAUUUUAAGAGCUGAAGAUGGUGAUCAUCAAUAUGAUGAAACAAUUUUAAAAAUACAAGUAUUAGAUGUUAAUGAUACACCACCACGAUUUACACAAUUAACUUAUCGUUUUCAAAUACUCGAAAAUUCAAAUAUAUCAACGAUUGUGGGAUUUGUUUAUGCAACCGAUCUUGAUACAAAUGAUAAAAUUACGUAUUCAAUAAGUCCAACAGAUGAUGAAGAAACACGUGCAACAUUUACAAUGAACAAAUUGACAGGUGAAAUUCGUUUAAAAUCAUCUAUUGAUUAUGAACGUCGAUCGUAUUAUCGUCUAACUAUCGAAGCACAUGAUCUUAAUUCAUUAUCAUCGUAUGCUUAUGUCGAUAUUGAUAUUAUUAAUGUUGACGAUAAUUCUCCCAUUAUUCAAAUAUCAAUACCCAAAUUAUUACGUUCAAGUAAAUCAACAGAAUUACAAGUGAUAGAAAAUUCUCCUGUUCCAUUGUCUCUCUUACAACUCUAUUGUUAUGAUCCAGAUGGUACUUCUACGUCAAAUUCAUUCACACUUAUCAUGUCAAGUUCACCUAAGACUGAUGACUAUUUUAAAUUAAAAAAGAUUGAUGAUCAGUCGUAUGAUUUAAAAUUAGAAAGACCGUUUGAUCGAGAAGAAUUAGGAAAUACGAUCAAAUUAGAAUUUAUUGUAAAUAAUGAUACAAGAACAAUGACUAGUGUAACGAUUAUUAUAUUAGAUGAGAAUGAUAGUGAACCGCGUUUUGAACAAAAUAACUAUGAAAUAACAGUAACGGAAAAUAAUUUAUAUCCAAAACAUGUUUAUACAUUCAAAGCAAAUGAUCCAGAUAUGGGUGAUAAUGGAAAUGUAAAAUAUACCAUGAAACUGGUGCAAACUAAUUUUAAAAACAUUAGUAAUAUUAUUUCUCAUUUUUCAUUAAAUGAUACAACCGGUGAAUUAGUUGUUUUAACAAAACUUGAUCGUGAAAAUAUUUCUAUUUAUUCAUAUGAAAUAUGUGUAAAUGAUCAAGGUCAAUCCUUGUCUCUUCACUCCUGUACAACAUUGGUUAUUCUCGUUUUGGAUUUAAAUGAUUGCGUUCCCUUGUUUUCAUCAUCAAUAUUGAAUAUUGACAUGUACGAAAACCUUCAACAAAAUGAAUUUAUAACUCAGGUACAAGCUUAUGAUGCCGAUCAAGGUGAAAAUGGAAUAAUUACAUAUCACAUUCAAAACAAAACAAUGUUAAUAGAUAUCAAUUCAACUCAUGGAAUAAUAACAGCAACAGCAAAUGUAAUUGAUCGUGAAGAAAUUGAAUUUUUAUCAACUGUGAUUGUUGCCUGUGAUCAUGGAAAGCCCGAACAAUUGUGUUCAAGAUGUACUUUAAAUAUUCAUAUACUCGACCGCAAUGACAACAAACCUCUUCUUUUUGAUCCAUCGUCCUCUGAUAUUCUUAUUAUCGAUCAAAAUCAUCAUUUAAAAUCAUUUCAGUUAUACGCUCGAGAUAUUGACAGUGAAAUACCUAACAAUGUAAUUGAUUAUUCAAUCAUUGGUGGAACAUUAUCGUCAAACUUUGUACUAAAUAGAACAUCUGGACAGUUAUCUUUGAAAAAUGAAAUAUCAUCGAUAUUAUACGGUACUCUUGAUAUUCGUUUAUGUGAUCAAGGCCUUCCGUUGCCACUGAUGACCUUUUAUACACUAACAUUUUUGAUACAUGAUAAUUCGACAAAUGCCAGUGAUUAUUUGAAUGCACUCAAAACAUCAUCAUCUCUAGUCAUAACUGAUCCCUAUUCAUCGUUAUUCUAUUUUUCUAUAGUUUGUGUAUGUUUAAUACUUAUAUUCGUUUUACCUCUUAUAUUCGUUCUUUUUAAUUAUUACCGUCGAAGACAAAUGAAAAAUAAAUUAUCUGUAAAUAAACAUGAUAAUUAUAAUGAUCCAUUAAUGAAACAACAACAGUCAUCAUUUCAUACCAACUCUGACAUAGCAACAACUUUAACGACUAAUACACCGACAUCAUCAGUGACUUUAUCCACUAAAUCGAGUUUACCACCAGAAACAAAAAUUGCACAAACAAGAAUUCAAUAUAAUGAUAGAAAACAUCCCCCAUCAGCUAUUUAUGAUACAUACUAUUCAUUCGAAGGAACAGAAAUGUAA